AUGAAAACCGACCUGGAGCUGGCGCUGGAAUGCGCCGUCAACGUCUACCACCAGUACGCCAUGAGGUACCCCAUGGACGACUACCUGAGCAAGGAGGAGUUCUCCAGCCUGCUCAAGGACACGGCCGAGCCGUUCCUGAGGAACACGGUGCCGCCCAAAACAACCAUUGACAGCUACAUCCAGCAGCUCUUCACCAAGGCCGACGCCAACCACGACGGCCGCCUCAAGUUCACCGAGUUCCUGACCACGCUGAGCCUUGUGGCCAUUGAUGCCCACAACAGGUCCCACAAGGGCCCUGGUGAUGACCACGGCCAUGACCACGGCCAUGACCAUGGCCAUGACCACGGGCAUGGGCACGGGCAUGGGCACGGGCAUGGGCACAGCCACCGUCGCUGA